AAAGUUCAGGGGAGGCUAGAUAAUUUUUCAUAAACUAAUUGCAAGAUUUUCCAAAUUUCAGGGGGGGCGAGCGCCACCCCUCGCACCCCCCUGGCUCCGCCACUGACUGUAGGAUAUAUGCCAUUUUCCUUAUUUUAUUCGUCCAAUAGCUCAAGACCUCAUGUCUUCUAUAGAUAUAGUGUUCUUUUCUAAAAAAUACAUACUCGGGGCUGCAUAAUAUGCUGGGCCGAGAGCUGCUGAUUAUAAACUUUAGGUACAUGAUGUUGAUAUCAAUUUCUUAUCCAUCUUGUAAAUAUGCUUAUCCACCCAGGCAUUGGAAAAGGUUGAGUGCAUUGUUUUGCCUGGAUGAUUUUGUUGUUUAUGGUGCUACACAGUUCCAUGCUCCUAUAAGAUAUGGAAGGAACAGUUUGACCUGAUUAUGUUAAGCAUCCAAAUCAUUAGGCCCUGACAUACCGAAAUUUGUAGAUUUUCCUUUGGUAUAAACAUGUGUAAUCUUCAUUCAGCUUGUUGAGAAACUAUAUACAGGAUGGAGCCAAGUUUUUAGUUUGUUUUGCUUGACAUUAGAUACAUGUACUUGUCUGCCCAAGACGUGAAGUUAAGCGAUUUGCUGAUCUCACUGUUGAUGAGACCAGUGAUUUAUGGAUAACAGCACAGAAGAUUGGAAGUCAGCUUGAGAGCUAUCAUAAGGCAUCAUCACUGACGUUUACCAUCCAAGAUGGACCUCAGUCAGGACAAACAGUACCUCAUGUUCACAUUCACAUCCUCCCAAGGAAAGUGGGUGACUUUGAGAGGAAUGAUGAAAUCUAUGAUGCAAUAGAUGAGAAGGAGAAGAAAUUAAAGGAAAAGCUUGAUUUAGACAAGGAAAGGAAGGACAGAAGCAUCGAGGAGAUGGCUCAAGAGGCGGAGGUAUAUAGAUCACUUUUCACAUAAAACUCUUGUUUCAUAUACAAACUGUUGUUGAUUUCCAUGGCACUUUAGCUUAUUUGGACAAGUAUUAUGGCUUCUGUUACACAUAAUUGGUGCAUUCCUAGUUUGGUAUCAUUAUGUUAUGCAAGGAGAAAUAAUGUAACAUGAGCAGACCAGGAAGAAGACGUGGUGAUUGGAUUGUUUGAGAACAAUUUUAUGUCUCUCUAUAGCAUAUCAUAUUUUCGUAU